AUGUUCGUGGACGACCGGAUACUAACUCUGUUCAAGAGGAACGCCCACCACACGUUGACCUACUGGAGUGUCUUCUUCAGUUUUGGACUCUGCAUCGCGUUCCUGGGACCCACCAUUUUGGACUUGCAAUGUCAGACUCACUCCACACUCAGUCAGAUCACCUGGGUUUUCUUUGCACAGCAGUUUUGCCUGCUGAUCGGCAGCUCUAUUGGUGGAGUUUUUAAGAGAACGUUAUUGAGCGCUUUGUCGGCAUUAUUUGUAUCAGCACUGGUCAUCUCGAUCAUAUUCUCCAUCAUCCCUCUGUGCAACAAUGUGCUGCUGCUGGCCAUUGCCAUGGCCGUGUCUGGUUUGGCCAUGGGGAUCAUUGACACCAUCGCCAACAUCCAACUGGUGACCAUCUACCAGAAGGACUCCGCUGUUUUCCUUCAGGCGCUUCACUUCUUCAUCGGGUUCGGAGCCCUGGUGAGCCCCCUGAUUGCAGACCCCUUCCUCUCCGAGACGGGCUGCGGGAACCACACUGGGAACGCCACUGAGAUCAUGCAUCAUUUCAGGGACCUGCUGAGAAACAGUCCGAUCGCAGAGCACAACAUCACUCACACCGUCGUGUCCCAUGAUGGGGGCGAGGGCAGUGACUCCAUCGUGCACUACGCUUUCUGGAUCAUGGCGCUGAUCAACCUGCCGGUGCCACUGGCCGUCCUGUUCCUGAUGUAUCGGGAGAAGCUGCUCCCAUGUUGCCGGGGAAGCACCCCUCCACUUCUGGACAAAGAUGAACUGGCCAUGGAGAGCCAGCAGGGAACGCAGGGCCCCGAAGUGGAGCAGAUACAACAUGAAGCCGGAGGUCACGGAGAUUUCUUCAGCUGCUGUCAGAAUGAUAACCUGCGCGGGCUGCCACUAUCCUUCUUCAUGAUUCAUAUCCUCGGUGGCAUGGUGCUCUUCAUGACCGACGGCAUUGUGGGGGCGUACGCCGGGUUUGUCUACACCUAUGCCACUAAACCUCCAAUGUUGCUACCUCACAAGACGGCCGGCUACUUAGCCAGCAUUUUUUGGGCGGCCAUCACUGCCGGACGACUGCUCUCCAUCCCACUGUCCUACCGUUUCCAGCCAGUCCGACUGUUGAUGUUCAACCUGGCAGGUGCCAUUGUCACCGUGUUGCUGCUGCUCAUCUUCUACACCAGUCACACCUUUCUGUUUGUCGGGACUUGUUUAUGCGGACUCUUCCUCAGCAGCAUCUUCCCCUGCAUGCUGGCUUACACCGAGGACAUCCUGGAUUACCAAGGAUGUGCCACCUCCGUGCUGGUGACAAGCGCAGGGAUGGGUGAGAUGGUGAUGCAGGUCCUCGUGGGCUCAAUUAUGAACACCGAGGGAAGUUACAGCUUCCUGCUGUGCGGAGUGAUCAUCGCCUGCCUCGGCUUCAUCUUCUUUAUAGCUCUCAUGCUGUUCCAGAGGAUGCACAGAAAUUACCUCACAGGAACGUCCAAAAAGUCCACGAUGGUGGAGGAAGCAGCUCCGGACUCCAAUGGAUCGGCCAAAGCAGAACAGAAGGAAGAGAACGACGCCAGCUGA